AUCGCUUGCCUCGCUUCCGGCGAAUAUGUAACGUGUUCGGGGAGAUUGAGGAAAGGAAGUGUUGCCUAUUAUGUAGGAAAGAGGGCGGGUAUCAGGUCUGAACGGCAGGCUGUUCGGCUGGGUUGUAGGGCCAGCCUCAAUUCAGGCUUCUGCGGCGUGCCUGCGCCUCGCAAGAACCGCACGCUGUCGCACACGUCCGCGGCGGGCACGCCUGGAAUACGGGGGCUGGCCGGGACCGGGAGAAGGAGCGUUCGGCGGGGGGAGGGGAUGGGGUAAAUAGAACAUUGAUGGGCGUCCGCCGUCCGGGACGAAGGCUUGGCGGGCGAGUGACGCCACGGGAGCGCGACGCGUGCUAGCAUAAUCUUAGCUCACUCUUAUAUCUCGCACCUGAUGGCCCCGAUCCCUCUGACGCUGCCCUUUUGCGACCCCAGGCGCGAGCCACACACCGCCGCCCAUCCACCACCAUGGGCAUAGGCAUCCCCCAGUCCGACGUCUUCCGUCCCCGCCUCCCGCUAGAUCCGUUCGAUGGCGUCGACCUCAGCGAGCCCUGGGUCCUCGACCCCGCCGCGCUAGCAGUCCAUGCACUGCGUCUGCGCCGCGAUGUCAUCCUCGCCCUCGGCGCGCCGAAGACGGAGGAGCUGCUCGCGCUACUCACCGCGCAGACCCUCUCCUGUUCGCUUCUCCUCGUCGUCACGCACGAACCACCUGACAUCGACUUUGACGCCCCCUUCGGCCCGACGGUGCGCGUACUGCGCCUCGGGCGCGCCCUCUCCUCGGAGGACGCGGGCGAGCUCUGCCUAGUCAGCGUCCUCGAGCACGCCGAGACGAUCGCCCGCCAAUGGCGCGCACAACCAGAUUGCAUACCGGCCGGUACGCGGCGAUAUGCUGUCCUUAGCGCGGACGAGGACGGCGAGUUUUCGGUAGUCGAAGAGCACGCGGACAGCCCAGCUUCAUCUCUAUACCAUGGUCAGGCGCCACACUCUGUAUCCGCGGCCCCAGCGCGCCGGCACUCCCUCCUCACCGCCCUGAGUGACAGGACCUCAAUCCCGCGCAACAAGGCCAAGGCGUUCAAGGAGGCAGCAUGUGGCCGCUCUUUCGACGUCGUUGUCAACUACCUGUCUGCCGCGCUCGCGGAGAAGCUUGUGCUCAAGCAAGUAACCGUGAUCACGAACGUUUCGCAGCCUUUCCUAAACUCUCCCGCCGCCGCACAUCGCCCACCUGACGACAAGGGCAGGCAUAGCCCGCGCCACCUUACCACCAUACUAGCCGAACCCGGAGGCGUGCCGGCAGCUCACCACUCCAGCGCACCACCUUCCCCGCCAAUUCGACGUCGUACCAUCUUCAGAUCCGGGUCGGCUGGCCCCAUUAUCGAUCCCCACGUAUUCGCCCCACCAACCCCUGCAGCACACAUCAUCCACGUUAUCCAUCCCGGCUGCGCUGCAAAUCGUCCAUCCCCCAUCGUGCAGAGUGUAUCCCAGUUCCUGCAUUCCCUGUCGGACCGGCGAUGCCCUGUCAUGUCAUACCUUGUCUCUGGCGGCCUUCUUGGGUACUCACCACCCGGUGCAGAACUCAAUGUGGCAGACAUCGCCCUCGCAGGGUUGCUUGACCGACCAGAAAGUGACGACGAUGAAGAUGAUGUGCCCGUCAGUGCAGGCUUCCUCCGCCGAUACGCGCAGAAGUACAAGCUGCGUCCCAAGGCCGUUAUCGAGAACUUGGGAGAUAUCUCGGUGGCAGGUGUCGACUCGGAAAACGCCCAUCAUCAGCAUUACCAAGAUGGGAUGAUCUACGUGUACACGAAGGACGGCGUGCGCCAGUACGAUUGCGACCCAGUAGCGCGGCCAGCUGCGCUUGCAAACAUGCUACGCCGUCGCGCAUCGGCACGACCACCGCUCAGCGAAGUCUCCGCCAACGCGCCAGUUGCCGCAAAAUCCAAGCGGACAACGUCGCGCUCGCAGAAGACGACGCCGCCCUUAUCAACCUCCGCCACUUCCGUUCCCUUCCCCUCCGCCAACCCACCCUCGCCCAUCCGCUCCGCCUCCCCCGACGACAUCCUCAGCAAAAAGCGCAAGAUAUCCAAGGUCGGCGACAAGAUCCUCCGCCGCUCGACCAUCAGCGACCACCACCCGCGCGUCGCGAAGCGCCCGAGCCUCAAGCACGGCAAGAGCCUGAAGCGCGGGCAGAGCCUUGGCUCCGCGCACGGGCUCGACGUCGUAGAGGCACAGCGCGCGGACAAGAAGCAGCGCGUGCACAGCGGGAAGGGCCGGAAGCGCGCGGACAGCCUGAAGAUCGCGCGCAAGCACGCGGACAGCAAGAAGCGCGCGCCGGACUGGGACGGCGCGACAAAGAAGCGGCCGGAUAGCUGGGGGCAGGCGAAGCGGGGGGAGAGCCGGGUCGGUGCGGCGGGCGGCGCGACGGUGCAGCGCUCCGGGAGCACGCGCCUGCGGAGGAAGAUGAUGUUCUGGCUGGCUUGAGCUUGUGGGCUGCUGCGAUUGGGCUUGUGGUUGAGGGUCCCUCGUUCCAUGCGGUUUGUGUAUCGUAUCAUCUAUCCCUUCUAUUGACACCAUUUCGCCUCAUAGUUACCUUACCUCUCCUCCGACGGACCUGGUCAUAGACGUGGUUUCCCAUUUGUUGUACAACUUGUACCUCCACCCCCGUGUAUAUCUCGACCGUCUCCAUUCCCCUUCCCCAUUGUCCGCUCUCCUGCAUUCACACCCUAGACACUUGCGACCGGCUGGCUCUUGUUGCAACACCCAUGCACUCACGAUCCCUAACUUACUUGUCAGCACUCCUUCUGUCCUCAUCCAGCUGUCGUUUUGUGUCUUGUAUAUACAUGCAACCACCGUAGCUAUCGAUCUCGCUACCGCUGCUGAUCUUCUAGGGAUUUAGUAGACUAUCGUACAUAUUUAUGCAAUGUUGUCUUGCACACGCGUCGCUCGUCCGAGG